GAUCCAUUAAAAUUCGAGAGAAGUCUCUGAAAUUGCAAAAAAUCACCCCAACAAAAUAAUUAUGACGAUAACUCCACGUCAACAUAAUGGCUGAUGCCACGUCAUGACGCAUUGUUGAGAUCAGAUCAUCCGGGUUUGACCCAGCAGCUGCCGGAUCCCUUGAAGAUGGUGGUGUCGCCGAAAAUAGCUCCGUCGAUGCUGUCAUCGGACUUCGCAAAUCUAGCGGCGGAGGCCAAUCGGAUGAUCGAUUUGGGCGCCAACUGGCUUCACAUGGACAUUAUGGACGGGUACACAUUAACUGCCUUACCUUUGGAUUCUUUCUUAUUACCAUCCUACCGGCAUUUUGUCCCGAAUCUAACGAUUGGUGCUCCUGUCAUCGAGAGUUUGCGAAAGCACACAAAUGCAUAUCUUGAUUGCCACCUUAUGGUGACGAACCCCAUGGAUUACGUGGAACACAUGGCUAAAGCUGGUGCUUCUGGUUUCACAUUCCACGUCGAGGUGGCCAAAGAGAAUUGGCAACAACUUGUCGAGAAGAUUAAGUCUGCUGGGAUGAGGCCAGCUGUGGCUCUAAAGCCUGGAACACCUGUUGAACUAGUCUAUCCUCUGGUUGAAGGAACAACUCCGGUUGAAAUGGUUCUUGUGAUGACUGUAGAACCUGGAUUUGGAGGCCAGAAGUUUAUGCCUAACAUGAUGGGCAAGGUCCGGGCAUUGAGGCACAAAUACCCAACACUUGAUAUUCAGGUGGAUGGCGGCUUAGGCCCUUCGACGAUCGACACAGCGGCUGCAGCAGGCGCCAACUGUAUCGUCGCCGGAAGUUCAGUGUUUGGAGCCCCGAAGCCAGGGGAUGUCAUCUCCCUUCUGAGGACCAGUGUUGAGAAAGCCCAACCCACCACUUGAGAGACUACCCAUUUAUAAAUGUAAGAUGAAAAUCGAUAUAUAUCUUUCCAAAGCCUUUUAUAAGUCUUUUAGCUAAUAGUUUUUGUAUUUUUCCUUUCAAAUGGAAGCUGCACGUGGUGGCGGUGGUGCUGAGACGGCGUUGUAUUCUCAUCGGAAUAUGGUACCUCUUCGUUUCUCUCAGGAUUAAAAAGCUGGUCCUUAA